AUGAGCAACCAACUCCCCAGCGCAACCCCAGACCCCUCCAACAAGGACGGCCUACGAUACCCCAGCAAUGGAAAGACCAUCUACCACAGACCUCUUAAUAGAACCAAGACAGCUGAGCUGAGCCAAGCUAGCUUUGCGUAUCUGUUUGGUGAGAUGGUUACGUAUGCGCAGAGAAGAGUCAAGGGUAUUCAAGAGCUGGAGCAACGUCUUAACGUCCAAGGCCAUUCCAUCGGUCUAAAACUCCUCGACCUCCUCCUCUUCCGCGAACCAGUCCGCACACAAACCCGACCGCUAGGCAUUAUUCAGCUUCUACAUUUCAUCAAGCAAAAUAUCUGGCAACACCUCUUCAACCGUCAAGCAGACCGACUCGAGAAAUCCGCCAACCCUGAAACACCAGACGAAUACCACAUUAUCGAUAACGAGCCCUUAGUCAAUCAAUACAUCAGCGUGCCCAAGGAAAUGAGCCAGUUGAACUGCGCUGCGUUUGUGGCGGGUGUUGUAGAGGGUGUUUGCGAUGGAGCAGAUUUCCCUGCUAGAGUUACGGCGCAUACCGUUGCAGAGGGUGACAUGUGGCCUGGCAAGACUGUGUUUCUCGUCAAGUUUAGACCAGAAGUACUCGAGAGAGAGGGAUUCUUGGGGAAGAAUUAA